GCAGACAACGAUGAGCAGUCUGAUCUCAUGCGUGGCCUGGGUUAAACGCGGGGUGGCUGCUCAACAUCCGGCAAAAUAUGUCCUAGAUGAUAAGGAACUUGAGCGAGUCAGCUCACUCGCGCGGAUCGAACUGGAAGAUGCACGACUAGAACUGCAGCGUGCGCAUGAAGCCGCUCAGGAAAUGGGAAAGGGUUCUGACGAUGAGACUGGCGAUGAUAACGAGGAUAACGAGGACGAGAGCGCUUGGGUAGACGAGGAAGAUGAUGAUCACAUGGACGAGGAUCGCAUGGACGAAGAUGCUCCUGACCCGAAAUCGAACAAAUCUGUGGACGAUGAUCUCGCGCAAUACAAUUUGGACGACUAUGACAAUGAUGAUACUGGACCAGCCCUCGGUCCGUUCAGUAACAUCAAAGGGCUGAAAUAUUACCGAGACAACGAAGAUGAUCCCUACAUCACCCUGAAAGACGAAAAUGAGGAUGACGAACGUGAAGACCUUGAAAUCCUCCCCACCGACAACCUCCUAGUCGUCGCCAAAACCGAAGACGAGGUCUCCCAGCUCGAAGUAUACGUCUACGACGAGUCCGAGGAGAACCUCUACGUCCACCACGACCUCAUGCUCCCCAACUUCCCCUUGUGCCUUGAGUGGCUCGACUUCCCCCCAGCGCAGGCGUUUACCUCUACGGAUAAUGCUCAACCGCAGAAACAAUUCGGCAACUACAUCGCCGUUGGGACGAUGGACCCCGAAAUUGAGAUAUGGUCUCUCGACGUCGUGGAGGGCAUGUACCCAGACAUGGUCCUAGGCCGCCCAGACAAGACGGCCGCGCACGUCCCAGUUCCGCUAGGCACUGGUAAGAAGAAACGAAAGAAGACGAAGGCUCGCGAAGGUUCUGCGUACCAUCACGUCGACGCCGUCCUCUCCCUCUCUUGGAACAGAACGCACCGUAAUCUUCUCGCUUCGGCAUCUGCGGACAAGACUGUAAAGCUGUGGGAUCUGAGCCGGGAUCCGUCGUUGAUGCCGGAAGGUGCUGAGGGUGUCGAUAGCGCGAGUGGCUGUGCGAUACGCAGUUUUGACAAUAUUCACGAGGAUAAAAUCCAGUCUGUGCAGUGGAAUCAAGCGGACCCGACCGUUUUGUUAACGGGAAGCUAUGAUCGCACUGUAAAGGUGUUUGACUCGCGCGCACCCGGUGUUGGCCUCGGGACCGUAGUCUCGGCUGACGUGGAGGCAUUGCGAUGGGAUCCCUGGAAUGCCCAUAUGUUCUACGUCUCGUUGGAAGACGGCACAGUCUUGAACUUCGACGCGCGAUCGCUUGCUAACAAGCCCAAUACCCCUACCCUGGCUAGAUUCACACUCGCCGCUCACGACGGAGCAGUCUCUGCCCUCGACGUCAACCCGCACAUGCGCGGUUGCAUCGUCACUGGCGGUACGGACAAGAUGGUUAAGGUAUGGAACGUAAACGAGAGCAGCAACGGCAAGACGCAAGUCAGCCUUGUAACCUCCCGUGAUCUGGGCGUCGGCAAAGUGUUCUCUGCUGUAUUCUCGCCUGACGAUCCGCUCACCGUCGCGGCCGCGGGCUCCAAGGCGAAGCUGCAAGUAUGGGAUGUUGGUUCGAACUUCGGGGCGCGGAAGGCGUUCGGGGCGAAGCUGUCGGAGAUCGGAAAGACGUGGAAGGAGAAGCAAGGGGGCGGUGUUAUUGGUGUCGCCAGUGAUGAUGAAAGCAGCGCAGAUGAGAGGGAGGCAGAUGACUAGGUGUGCCUGUUUGUAUGAUUUGAGCAUGCGACGAUAUUGUGUAUGCAUGACAUGCUCUCAUCUACGCUCGCUUGGACAACAAGCGAGUGUGUUUUGCGCACGUUGUGCGGCCACAGGUGCGGUCGGAUACACAGCUAGCGGGUACAAGGGAAUGAUUGUCAUUGAUUGAGCCAAACGAUGAGAUAAAAUGGCAAGUUACCUGCCGUUUCGG